AUGCAGGAACUCUCAGUCAUCUCUCCCAAAUUCCACAAUCUCGUCUACCCUCGUAUGAACCUCAAAGACCAUACUUUGGACGACAACCUGCCUGCGUGUCGCUUCCAGUCUCAACCUGAUGGGCAUCGUUUCCGCCAACCACCAGAGUCAUGCGCCGGUGCUCUCGAAACUCUUCCUGCCGAGUUGGUUGCCAAGAUUCUCUCUCAACUGGAUCUGCGCACCCUCGCGGAUUUUCGAUGCGUCAAUAGACGUGCCUCGGAGCUCGUUGACGUCCUUCCCGAGUACAGAGCCAUCAUCACACAUGCACCCAAUGCCUUGCACGGCAUUGUAAGUAUCGAAGCUGGCAGGUGGAUUACUCCCAGUGCGCUAUAUGAGAAACUAUGUACGCCCAAAUGCGAACAGUGCGAUGACUUUGGCGGUUACCUCUAUCUCCUUACAUGCAAGAGGGUUUGCUUCUUAUGUCUAUCAAAGGAUAAGCUAUACCUGCCGUUGACCCGCAGGCGCGUGAGCCGAAUAUUCGGGCUGGAGCCCCAGAUGCUUGCAAAGAUACCUCACAUGAGAGUUAUGCCGGGGAUAUACUCACCGAACGAAAGGAAGGCAGAGCAGUCUGUCUUGGUCGACUAUGAAUCUGCCCUUUGUGCUGGUGUUACGUUUCACGGGUCAUUAGAUGCUAUGGAAAAGUACGUGUUUCACAAGGAAGACCAAAAAGUAACGGCGGCGCUGAAAUCAGGAGCCAUCGCAUGCCGUAUACCGCCGCCAUAUCUGACAGAUCCUUAUGACGGACAGUCAGGGAACCCGCUCCGAUUUGUGGCAAUCGUUCGGGUGCCAUGGCUGAAUAGAGCGUUGCAGGAGGUAGAAUGGGGUUUCCAUUGCAUUGGAUGCGAAAAGUCUAGCCGCCCGCCUCUUCAUUAUAGGCGCCAGUUCACGGAAGCCUCAUUCGAAGACCACUUACAACAGUGUGGGGGUAUACAAAACGGGCGGCAUCAGUCCGGAUGA